AUGUCCAGAGAAAAACCAUUUGAGUGCAACAUCUGUGGGAAACACUUUUCACAGGCAGGAAAUCUGCAAACUCAUUUACGACGACACUCUGGUGAGAAGCCAUACAUUUGUGAGAUCUGCGGCAAAAGGUUUGCUGCAUCUGGUGAUGUGCAACGCCAUAUUGUUAUUCACACGGGUCAAAAACCUCAUCUCUGUGACAUUUGUGGUCGAGGUUUCAGUAACUUCAGUAAUUUAAAGGAACACAAAAAGACACACAGUGCAGAUAAGCUGUUUACUUGCGACCAGUGUGGAAAGUCUUUUAACAUGCAGAGGAAACUUGUCAAACACAGAAUCCGUCAUACAGGAGAGCGACCAUAUAAUUGUUUAACAUGCGGAAAGCGGUUUGCAGGUUCUGGUGACUUGCGUCGGCAUGUCCGAACGCACACUGGUGAACGGCCGUAUAAUUGUGAGACGUGUGGCAAGUGCUUCACCCGUUCUGCUGUGCUGCACAGACACAAGCGAAUGCACUGCAAGUACAACGGAGACCAUGACGUAAGAAAUGAAGAGAUUGAUAGCUCUGAGGAAAACUAUCGAGAACCUGCAGAGCCAAGGUCACCAGACUCUGAGCCGCUCAGCCAAGCUAUGCAAGUUGCACUAUUGCCAGUCUCUCCAUUAGACAAGCUUCAUGGUGACCCAGAACAGCCUGAGGCAUCAGCAACCAUGCAUGAAAACUCUCAUUCUGAAUACAGUUCUUUGGUUCAACAACAAGUGGAUGAGCAUCAAAACAAAAUGGUAUUGAGUCCUGCUAAAACUCACAAGCCUCAAGCUUCCCAUCAUCCUAAUGUUCAUGCUGUUGACAGUAGUUCAAGGUCUGAAGAGCCCCUGCCGUCUCAGAACCCCUCAACUGUGCGAUCAUCAGUGACGAGUCUGGACAUUCACAUUAACGUGCCCUUUGGAAAUCACACACCUAGUGUUUCAUAUCGAACAAAUGAAGGACCAUUCCUCUCUAGCCUAACGCUGUGGGGUUUGGCAAUGAAAACAUUACAAAAUGACAAUGAAUUAGAUCAAUGACAGAUUAUUAUCUUAAUUCAGCUAAUAUAAGCAACUGUUGGAAUGCACUCGAGUUUAUUUUUGGCAUAAUUGCUGAGAGGGAGAAAAAAGUCUUGUGAAAUGUAUUUUUGUAAGUUUUAAUAAAUGCAAUCUUAGAUAUUUAUUAGAAUCUAAUCAGUGGGAUCCACACAAUACGUGGUCGUGCAUCUUCUUAUAAACAAAAUUAACUAUCUUGAAACACAAAUGCUUCAGCAGCUUGUUUUAAUGUAAAAGAACAAGUUAAUUGCAAUGAUCAUUGACCUUUAUCAAUCACUUACUUGUGGCGUUGCUUGAUUCUUUGAUUCCUUAUAAUCCUCAUUUUGAGAGGUAAAGUCAGGUAUUGUGAAUCCUUAAAAAACGUUUCAUGGAGUAGUUUUCCUUUUAUACAUCCAUUACACCAGCUCCCUUUGGAUCAAU